CCAGGAAGAAGAGACGAGAGAAAGGCAGCGCAUAGUGCUCAGGAGUGCAGGGGGACAACAGGGCACUGUUUGUUCUCUGAUGAUAUGACGUGAGGUGGGCGUCCUUUUGCGUCAUCUCUUUCUGCUGUCAGUCAGUAAUCGGCACCUUCACUUCAAUGCCUCAGCUCGGAGUUAGUGAAGCAGCCGGUGGUGGCAUGUCCAGCAGAAUGGAAGGGACGCUGUAUAAGUGGACAAAUUACAUUAGCGGUUGGCAGCCCCGGUGGUUUUUGCUUUGUGGAGGGAUAUUAUCAUAUUAUGACUCCAGGGAGGAUGCCUGGAAAGGCUGCAAAGGAAGCAUCCAAAUGGCAGUGUGUGAAAUUCAAGUUCAUUCUACAGACAACACUCGAAUGGAUUUGGCUAUUCCAGGGGAGCAGUAUUUUUAUCUGAAAGCAAGGACAGCAGCAGAGAGGCAGCGUUGGCUUGUUGCCCUGGGCUCAGCCAAAGCCUGCAUUACAGACAUCACAACAAAAAAAGAAAAAGAGUUCAGUGACAAUACAGAAGCACUGAAAACAAAGAUGUCAGAAUUAAGACUGUACUGCGAUAUCUUGGUUCAACAAGUGAACAAAACAAAGGAAACUCCUGUCAACUGUACAAAUGAACCACAGGAAAAAAUUGACAUGGGAACACUCCUAAAAUCGACUUGCAAUACUUUCCUGCAAACCCUUGAAGACUGUAUGAAGAUUGCAAAUGCAACGUUUAGUUCUCAGCUAAUACAUGCCACGCCACCUGGAUCACCCCACCUUUCCAUGCUCAGGCCCAGCAAGGUGCACCGUUCUACAUCUUCAGGGCAUAUUUCUGCACAAAGGAAGCUGGAAAUUGACAACAACCUUGAAAAUGGUUCUAUAAAGCAAGAGGGAAAUCAUUUUGACAAACCUGUCACUGAUUAUGUGGAAAGGCACUUUGUAGAAAAGCCAGAAUCUGUGCCUGUGGGUUCUCCAGAUAAUGGCAGCGAGUGUUCUCCUGAUGGCAGUUCACAGCAUAGUGACACCAUUUCCAGUAGUGAGCUUCUAGACUCUGAAGUUCAUGCGCAGACAGAGGUACCUGUAGCAAGAAAUGGCUUACAGCAGGAUGAAGGAGGCGGAGAUGAAGACGAAGGAGAAGGUGCUGAAGCUGAUGAAAUUCUUGAAACAUUUUUCAGUACAAUGACUCACAGGUUCAAUGAUAUAAGUUUGGAAGACGGAGAAGGGAUUCCAACUGAGAGGUUUCUGGACUCAUGUUAUGCAAUUGUUCCUGUUAUUGACAAGCUCGGAUCCACUGUGUUUGCACCCGUGAAAAUGGACUUUGUGGGGAAUAUUAAGAAAAUAAAUCAGAAAUUCAUCACUAGUAAGGAAGAAUUCACAACACUACAAAAGAUUGUUCUCCAUGAAGUCAAUUCUAAUGUGACACAAGUAAGAAAUUCUGCAACCGAGGCCCUCUUGUGGUUGAAACGAGGUUUAAAGUUUCUCUAUGAAUUUCUGUAUGAGGUCAGGAAUGGUGAAAAGAACAUUCAAACAGCUUUAAGUAAUGCAUAUGGUAAAACAUUGCGUCAGUAUCAUGGCUGGGUUGUUCGAGGAGUGUUUGCGUUGGCCUUGAGGGCAGCUCCGACGUAUGAAGGGUUUGUCACCGCACUUUGUAUUAAAGAAGGGGACGAAAAAGAAGAAGGUUUUAUUAAUGCCAUGAAGAGAGACCUUAACAUUUACCUGCCUGCCAUGGAGAAGCAGCUAAACAUACUGGACACUUUGUAUGAAGAGCACGGUCUGGAGUCAGAUGAAGUGGUAUGAGACAAGUGUAGCACAUCUCAACAUUCAGGAAUUCGGCAGAUAUUGUGCCAAGUCAAUUCCCUUCAGCGGGGACGAAAAUAUCAAUUCCUGCAUCAGAUGGGAGACUGCCCUAAACAAUGCAACCGGGCCCCGGAAUAUAAUGUGUUUUUUAGUAAUAUGCACUCAUUUCAGUGGGACAAAUAUUACUGUAAGAUUUUUUUCUAGGGGCUCAGUGUGGCUGAAGCCCCUGCAGGACAUGACUGCUUAAAUGGCCAAUUUUUAGUUUUAUACUAUGGAACUUUCUGUUUGUUGAUAUGUAUGUAACUGUAGUUUCGCGUUCUGUUUGUUUUAAAGUAGGGAUGCACUGAAUCCAGGAUUCAGUUCGGGAUUCGGCCAGGAUUUUAGCUUUUUCAGCAAUAUUCAGAUUCGAACGAAUCCUUCUGCCUGGCCGAACCGAAUCUGAAUCCUAAUUUGUAUAUGAAAAUUAGGGGCGGGAGGGAAAUCGUGUGAUUUGUUGUCACAAAACAAGGAAGUAAAAAAUGUUAUCCCCUUUUCACAAAGGAUUCGGCCAAAUCCAAAAAAGUGGAUUUGGUGCAUCCCUAUUUUAAAGUAAAGAUAAAGUAUAUGUGCUAAAGUUUCCAAAGAGAGUCUAUAGGGCUAGGGUACAGGGACAGGCUUGUCAAUAAUGGGAAUAUACAGUAACAGGUUAAUCUGUGUAACCUUGGAGCCUUCCUUCCAACUCUUCUGUAUGAUUUGUUUCUCUUAUGUAACUGUGCUAUGGUCAUUCAAGUAUACGAUCUGGCACUUUCUAUAAAGGAUAUUUGGUAACGGGGCCAAGUCUGGACAUACAGACGGACAUAAAUGGAAUGGACAAAUGCAAUUCAUAUAGACAGAUAUAUGAAGCACUGUUUAUGUGCAAAGAGUUUUCCCCAGAAUUCCACCAUCAUUGUGGCCAUGUAUUAAAUUGCAGCUACCUAUCGCUGGGUGCAGGUCUGUUGUGACGCAACCAAUUGAGGGAACCCUGGAAUUAUUGUCAUGUAGAGAGUGUCAGUAACACUAAGGCUCCCUUGCAUCACUUGACUGCGAGUAGACAUUGGAAGUUCUGAUGCCAAAUGCAGCCUAGCAAUGUAUUUUAAUCAUUCAUUUAAAUGGAAUGCAGCAGCAUUUUGGGUAGUCUCUGUUUUUUUUUUUGCCAGUUACCAGCAGUCAAACCGAACACGGCACAUGGGAAUGUUUCGCCAAUGCAGAGUAGUGCAUAACAUACUUUCUCUAGCUGUUGGGAGAGGGCAUUCUUCUUUGCACUACUUACUUAUUACAUAACAUUAAAAUGCACAUUCAUUCCAGAGUUAGCUGCAUUUUACUUGUUGCAAGUCUUCCGCUACUGAUGCAACUUCCUGUGUGAACUCUAGACUUACCUCCAUGCCCAGGCUGACUGUAAUUCCAGGCUUCCCUGUAGACUGACAAACUGUGGGUUAUUGCAAUGCCAGAGGGGCUGCGGUAUGAUACCGUAGACAGUCACUAUUUAUUGGGCUGGUGGGGGACUGUUUGGGCCUCUGUGUACUUGAAAUGCCAGGGCCUAUUUUGAAUUCCAGUCCUGGUUCCCAUCAUCAAUGAGAACACUUGCUCACAAUUCAUAUUGACCCCUAGUGCCCCCAUGUAGAAGUGCAAGGACCUUUAAGUAAUGUAAGUGAUAUGCACACAAGUUUGCCUGCAUUUUAGCUCACCACGUUUGCUUUAAUAAUCAUAAAUGAGUCUGUUGGUCUUCCAGACAUAAGACUUUAUCACAGUGUUAAUCAUGGGUUUUAAUGUCCUGUGCAAUAUGUUCAUUCACUGGCUAAUGAAAUACAAACUAUUACUAUAUGUUAUAGUCCAGCCCUGCUUUAGCAAAUGUGCAGUCCCUAUGGGUGGUCAUAGCUUGUCAUUUCAUUUUGUUUGUUUUCAGUGUAGAUCUCCUCAAAGACUUGCCUACUUUGGACUUGUGUGGGGCUAAAUUUAUGGCCUUUCUAAUCAAUCUUAGAUAGACACUCAGUCAGCUAUCAGCCACAAAGGUCUCUACCUACUAGUUAAUGGUGCUGCUCCAGCAGAAUUCUGCACUAAAAUUAGUUUCUCAAAAGAGCAGAACAGAUUUUUUUAUAUUUAAUUUUGAAAUCUGACAUGGGGCUAGAUAUAUUGUCAGUUUCCCAGCUGC